AUUUUAACCACCCACGCCCAAUUGUUGAUACACUUGUGAUUUCAUCUUCCUCUUGACACGCUCGCGUCCUGACAACCUCACCCAAUCAACCUAACCAACCCAAUCGGCUGUCAUCUUUUCCUGUACCUCGUUGGAUGCUUGUGCUGCCAUGAAGUGGUAGCGCCUACUCGCCUUCUCCCCGCUAUUGGCAGACGCCGUCAUGGACGACACCCACCAGCUCAGCCUCACUCUCGCUCCAUCACCUGAGGCCAUCAUGACAGUUCGCCCUGGCACUCUGGAUGAUCUCGACGUCCUUGUCAACCUUGGCCUUGCCGCCAUGCCCAUGGAUCCCCAGUGGGACUACCGCUAUCCCCAUCGCGCCGAGUACCCCCAAGAGCACCGCGAAUGCACUGCCCAACGCUGGGAGCGCUUCUUCCACCCUGACCCGUCUGGUGGUGAAUGGGCCGUCUAUUUGGUUGAUUAUGUCCCCAAGGAUAGGGAUACCGACAGCGACAACAACAACAACAACAACAACAACAACAACAACUCUCCCGAGACUGUGACUGAGACUGAGAGAGAGACGGAGAAGGAGAUGGACACGGGGAGGGAACUGGAGCCGGUCACCAUAUCCUUCUCCGUCUGGCACUUCCCUGAUCAUCUCCACGAUGCCCUCGGGCACAAGCAACGCAACGAGCAGUUCGUCUUGACCGAAACCCUUGCCUGCAAGAACCGCCAUGAUUGGGAUCCCCGACACAUGCAGGCCUGGCGCGAAGCCAUCCGCGCCGCCGCAAGGGAUAAGUUCGACGCCAGAUACGGCCAGCAACAGGCGCACCUGCAGAUUCUCGGCACCCACCCGCAGUACCAGAGGAUGGGGGCCGCCUCGAGUCUUCUGCGCUGGGGAAUACGCGAGGCUGGCCAUCACGGGCUGCCCGUGACUCUGUUUGCGUCGUCCAUGGGCCGGCCGCUGUAUAGGAGCUUCGGCUUUGAAGAAAGAGGUGCCGUCAAGGUCCAGGUCGAGGGUGAGGAGGAGAGCGUUGUUGUUGAGGCCAUGGCUUUGGAGUUGACCGAGGAUCAAAAAUCGGACAAGUAGUGGCACUUGCAGAGACCCUCGCACAGAGUAAU